AUGGCGGAGGCGGUGGAGCGCACAGAUGAGCUGGUCCGCGAGUACCUGCUCUUUCGCGGCUUCACGCACACACUGCGGCAGCUGGACGCCGAGAUCAAGGCGGACAAGGAGAAGGGGUUCCGGGUGGACAAGAUUGUAGACCAACUCCAGCAGUUAAUGCAGGUGUACGACCUGGCUGCCCUCCGGGAUUACUGGAGCUACCUGGAGCGCCGGCUCUUCAGCCGCUUGGAGGAUAUAUAUAGACCCACCAUCAACAAACUGAAAACCAGCCUGUUCCGCUUUUAUCUCAUCUAUACGAUCCAGACCAACAGGACUGACAAGGCCCAGGAGUUCUUUGUCAAGCAGGCCGCUGAGCUUCAGAACCAGGCCGAGUGGAAGGAUUGGUUUGCCUUGCCCUUCCUGCCCUCCCCAGACACCAACCCCACCUUCGCCACCUACUUCUCGCGGCAGUGGGCUGACACCUUUAUCGUGUCCCUGCACAACUUCCUGAGCGUCCUGCUGCAAUGCAUGCCAGUUCCUGUGAUCCUGAGCUUCGAUGCGGAGUGUCAGAGGACCAAUCAGAUCCAGGAGGAGAAUGAAGUCCUACGUCAGAAGCUCUUCGCGUUGCAAGCCGAAAUCCACCGACUGAGGAAAGAGGAGCAGCAGCCGGCUGAGGGUGAGGCCUCCGUCCAGCACAAAUUACCUCCUUACGUCUCCAACAUGGACCGCCUGGGGGACUCGGAGCUAGCCAUGGUGUGUAGCCAGAGGAGUGCCGGCCUCUCCCAGUCGCCACGUGUGGGUUUCCUGUCCUCGCUGCUGCCGCAGAGCAAGAAGAGCCCCUCGAGGCUGUCCCCUGCCCAGGGGCCCCCGCAGGCCCAGAGCGCCACCAAGAGAGAGGCCACCAGCACUCAGGCUGCCAAGGGCAAGGACCCGGUGUCUGGGGCCAAGGAUGGGAAGGGCCUCUUCAGUGGGCUGGCUGCUGGGGAGUCCAGCUGGCCUCAGCACCGGCAGCGGCGCCUACAGGACCACGGCAAGGAACGCAAGGAGCUGCUCUCAACGACCAUGUCCCAGAGCACAGAGAAAAAGUCUGAUGCAAGUGGUACAGAGACUGAGCCUGGCCCAGAGCCCGCCACGGAGCCAGUGGAAGCAUCCAUGCGGGGCCCCGAGGGUGGCCGCCCCGAACAGCCCUUCAUCGUGCUGGGCCAGGAGGAGUACGGGGAGCAUCACUCAUCCAUCAUGCACUGCAGAGUGGACUGCUCGGGGAGGAGGGUGGCCAGCUCAGACGUGGACGGAGUCAUCAAAGUGUGGUCCUUCAACCCCAUCAUGCAGACCAAAGCGUCCUCCAUCUCCAAGUCCCCACUGCUCUCUUUGGAAUGGGCCACCAAGCGGGACAGACUGCUUCUCCUGGGCAGUGGUGUGGGUACCGUGCGCCUUUACGACACGGAAGCCAAGAAGAACCUCUGUGAGAUCAGCAUCAGUGAUGACAUGCCCAGAAUCCUGUCCCUGGCCUGUAGCCCCAAUGGGGCCUCUUUUGUCUGCUCGGCCGCGGCUCCAAGCCUCACCUCCCAGGACGUGUCGGCACCAGACCUCGGUGGCAGGGGUGUGAACCAGGUCCCUGGCAAGCUGCUGCUGUGGGACACGAAGACCAUGAAGCAGCAGCUUCAGUUCUCCCUGGAUCCGGAACCCAUUGCCAUCAACUGCACAGCCUUCAAUCACAAUGGGAACCUGCUGGUCACCGGCGCAGCCGACGGCGUCAUCCGGCUGUUUGACAUGCAGCAGCACGAGUGCGCCAUGAGCUGGGGGGCCCACCGCGGGGAGGUCUGCUCCGUGGAGUUCAGCUGCGAUGAAAACACUGUGUACAGCAUCGGCGAGGAUGGCAAGUUCAUCCAGUGGGACAUCCACAAGAGUGGCCUGAAGGUGUCUGAGUCCAGCCUGCCCCCUGACGCCACGGGCCCCUUCGUGCUGUCCGGGUACAGCGGCUACAAGCAGGUGCAAGCCCCCAGGGGCCGGCUGUUCGCUUUUGACUCCGAGGGCCAUUACAUGCUGACAUGCUCGGCCACCGGGGGUGUCAUCUACAAGCUAGGCGGGGAGGAGAAGGUCCUGGAGAGCUGCCUGAGCCUGGGGGGCCACCGAGCCCCUGUGGUCACUGUGGACUGGAGCACGGCCAUGGACUGCGGGACCUGCCUCACGGCCUCCAUGGAUGGCAAGAUCAAGCUGACCACUCUGCUGGCCCAUAAACUCUGA